AUCAUUCCCUCGACAUCUUCAAGAUGAAAGUUGUAUUAAUUCUGACAAUAUUCGUUGCUUAUCUCGGUUAUACCGAAUCAUCGGAAACCAAAUGUUUCCCCGUUGUAACUGGAAAUUGCAGACAAGUCAUCCGGGCAUAUCGUGACACGAUUAAUGGAUUCAUUCAAAAUUUCCGACAAAUCUUCCAAAAGAUCAAGAGAGUUGCCAGAAGAUCUGGAAGAUUAACCAACUGUACUGAAAGGAAAUUCAACCGAUGCCGAAAUCUUGAAGCCAGAGCUGACAGGAGAGAAGCACGAAUGGAAAACCGUAAAAACAGACUUCAAGCGCUCUUGAACAGGGAAAAUAAGCCAAGAAACUAUGAACAAAGAGUGACAAGAAUCAUUAACAGAGUUCAAACCCUCAUUGGAAGAAUCAGGAACAUUGAAGACAGACGUCAAAGGCAUAAUUGUGAUGCACCAUGCGUUGAUCGUUUGGUAGAAAUCAGGGCAUUGGUUCAAGAAAUUUACGAUGCUUUGAUGUAUUGGGUCGGCGAAGUCCAACGGUUCAUGGACUUCAAACCAGAAAACCUUCGUUGCUACGAAAGAUUCAUCAGAAGACUUUUCAACAUUUUCAAACAAGCUGUUGAAAACUACGCCGAAGCUUCAGCUUCAUUGCGUGCAACUUUCACCUGGACUAACAUUCUUCCUGAAGAAGCAGCAGACAGAUGGAGUCAUGAUGACGAAGACACCGCUGCUCAAGGAGACUUGAAUGGUGUUGCUGUCUUGUUGCAAAAUUUCUCAGGCUACAUGAGUGGCGAUCUUGACACUGUAUUGAGUGAAUUGUACUCUUAUUCAGCAGAUGAAGGAUCAUGGAAUGAAGGUUUCGCAGAAGAAAAACAAUUCUUCGAAGAAGUCCUAGCUAUGGAUGAUCUUGACGAUGCACUUAAAGCUGAAGUUCAAGAUAUUCUUAAUGAAAUCGGAGAAGGAGAAGCAUAAACUGAAUCAUCAUUUUAACUUCGUUUUCACAAAAAACUAAAAAUGAUUUGAUAAAAAUUUGAUAUUAAAGUUGUUUCCAUGCCUGGGUUGCUACUCAACUUCAUUAAGGCAGAAACAUUCUUCUUAAAAAUAAAGUAAAUAUUCACAAGACACAUU